AUCAACAACAACAACAACACAAAACUUCUUCAACACAAACAACAACAACAACAAACAUCUAUCUAACCUUAAUCACAUAACAUGGCUUCAUUAAAAGUAUCAUCUAUUCUUUCUUCUUCAAUUUCAGCAUCUUCCUCAGAAAGAAUCAAAUCCUCUUUCCAUGUCCCAAAACUUCCUAAAAACAUUUCUAUAGCUCCAAAAACAAGACCAAGCAGAAAGCUAUAUGAGGAAUUAAACGGUCAACUAACACACACAAUCCCAAUAAUCAUCCAACAAAAUGAUUUUCACUCAUCCAAUAAAUCCUCUCUUUCUCCAUCAUCUAAAACCAAAACCAUUACUCAACUCUAUGCUAUUCUUGAAUCCGUAUCCGACAGAAUAGAAAUGCAUCAAAACAUCGCCGAACAACACAAUAACUGGAACACCCUUCUAUUAAACUCCAUCAACAUGAUCACUCUCACCGCCUCCGCCAUGGCAGGUAUCGCAGCCAUUAGCGGCUCAGGCGCGUCUCUUCUAGCCCUUAAAUUAUCUUCCGCACUUUUGUUCUCAGCUUCAACGGGUAUGCUAGUCAUCAUGAACAAAAUCCAACCUUCACAACUGGCUGAGGAGCAAAGAAACGCAACAAGAUUGUUCAAACAGCUCAAGUCCCAAAUCGAAACCACAAUCGCAUUAGGCAAUCCCACAGAGAAGUAUAUAAAGGAUACAAUCAAAAAAGUUAUAGCACUUGACAGAGCUUAUCCUCUUCCUUUGUUAGGAGUUAUGAUUGAAAAGUUCCCUCAAAAAUAUGAACCUGCAAAUUGGUGGCCUGCAAAAAACUCACCUAGAAGAAGCAACAAGCAAAAUAAUGAAACAAAAGAAAAAGGGUGGAAGAAAAAUGGAUGGAAUGAAGGGUUAGAAAGUGAAAUAAAAGAUGUGUUACAAGUUAUGAAGAGAAAAGACAUGGAAGAUUAUGAGAGAUUAGGAAACUUGGUGUUGAAAGUUAACAAAACAUUGGCAAUUGCAGGGCCUUUGCUAACUGGAAUUGCAGCUGUGGGGUCCACUUUUGUUGGCCAAGGUUCAUGGACAGAUAUGAUACCUGUUAUGGCUGGAGCAUUGGCUACAACUGUAAAUUCUUUUGAGCAUGGUGGACAAGUUGGGAUGGUUUCUGAGAUGUAUAGAAACUGUGGUGGAUUCUUUCAAAUGAUGGAGAAUUCAAUUCAAGAGAAUAUAUUAGAGGAAGAUGAAGAAGAAAGAGAGAAUGGAGAGUUGUUUGAAAUUAAGUUGGCUUUGAAAUUGGGAAGAAGUUUGUCACAAUUGAGAGAUCUUGGUAGAAAAGCAGCCUAUUCUCGUGUAGAGGGAACUAAUGUUGAUGAAUUUGCUAGCAAGCUGUUCUAAGUAUUUUUGUUUUUUCUUCUUGAUCUAACUUAACCAUUCUUUGAAUCAAUUAUGAUUAUUUCUAACA